AAUGGAGCGCCCCUUAGACACAGUACUUUUAAUUGCUCCACCAUUGGUUGGCAGGACAUAUUUUACUAAGCUGUGAUCAGUAACAACUGCUAAGCAUUUAAAACUUGAUCAAAAUGCUCACACCUUAACUACUAGGAGACUAUAAUAACUUGAAUCUGAGUAGUUUGAUAGCUUUCUGGAAGGUCUCUACAAACUUACUAGUUUGUGCUUAAUUCUAAACUAAGUAUACAAUACUACUACAAAUAUUUUUAAGUCUAUUGUUCUACUUUGCCUGUGAAAAAUACCAUUUUAUUGAUCAAACACCAAGAUGUCUGGACGUGGCAAGAAACCAGAGAAAGGAAAGAUCAAAACCAGAUCUGCAAAAGCAGGUUUGUGCUUUCCUGUGGGUCGUAUUCACAGAUUGCUGAGGAAGGGAAAAUAUGCAGAGAGAAUUGGGACUGGAGCCCCAGUGUAUCUGGCAGCAGUUCUGGAAUAUCUGACCGCAGAAAUGAUGGAAUUGUCUGGGAAUGCUGCAAGAGACAACAAAAAGUCUAGAAUCUUGCCAAGGCAUAUCCAGUUGGCUGUAAGAAAUGAUGAGGAAUUCCACAAACUGCUUGGAGAUGUAACUAUUGCUGAAGGAGGGGUUCUGCCUAAUAUUCAUGCAAAGCUUCUACCCAAGAAAGUCUCCAAAGGAUCUGGUGAAGGAAGCAAAGAUGAUAUUCUGUCUCAGGAAUAUUAAUGAAAUUCCAGAACUGGGGACUGCCCUUUUCCCAUUGUGUGGCUUUAGUGAACUUAUUCAUGGUGCUCAGAUGCAUGAUGCAUGUCUUCAGUUUCCAGAAGAGCUCUGCUUGUUUUGAUUUUCUUUUUUGUUAACGUCAAUAAAUCUGGUUCUGGGUGAUA